AUGGCUGCAGGCGGAGAAGGUUGGCUGGUUCUCUCUCUAUUCUUCUCUGUCUCAACAUUGUCUCUACUGCAUCUCACCGCUGCCAAAACGACGGCCGGCUUUAGCCUGGAGCUAUUGCACAGAGACUCUCCGCUCUCUCCUCUGUAUCCAGGAAACCUCACUGAGCUCGAACGACUUCAGAGGCUUGUGAAGAUAUCUGACGCCCGGGUGCAGUAUUUGAAGUCAGCAAUGGCGUUUGAAACAUCCAAUCUAACAACGCAUACCAACAUCUUCCGUCCUAAGGUGGGAGCUGAAGCUUACCCUUUCCUCUACGUGGUGCGAGUGGGCAUCGGCACCCCUUACAAGGGUUUCCAGCUGCUCAUGGACACGGGAAGUGAGCUUGUUUGGACUCAGUGCAAGCCUUGCACCUUCUGUUUUCCUCAGAAGUAUCCAAUGUUCGAUCCCAAACAAUCUCAAUCCUACCAGAAGCUUCCCUGCCAACACCCUCUCUGUAAGAACCUCCAGUGUGUUAAUGGUGAAUGCAUCUACAGAAUAGAAUAUGCAGGUGGGCAAUCAACUAAGGGUGUCCUCUCUUCAGAAACCUUCACUUUUCCGUCCAAUAAUCACUCCCUUGAGGCCAAGAGUGGUAUGUUCUUUGGCUGUAGCAAUCUGAACCGCAACUUCCAAUUCAGCGGUGGGAUUGAUGGGAUAUUGGGAAUGAAUAGAGGCACUCUUUCUUUAGUAACCCAGUUGAGCAACCAGAUUAGCCAACGCUUCUCUUACUGUUUAGUAGAAUCUGCUCUCUCCAUGAAGAUUUCCAGCUUUCUAAGGUUUGGCAGCGACAUAGUCAUCAAAGGAGGAAACGUCCAGACAACCCCAUUUGUGCAGUACAGCCAAAACCCGAAAUUGUUCGCAUUGAAUCUGGUAGAUAUCACUGUAGGGACCCGCCGUAUGAACUUCCCGCCGGGAACGUUUACGUCGAAACCUGAUGGCACCGGUGGCUGCGUCAUUGACUCGGGCUCUGCCUUCACUUACAUUGAUCAGAAGCCUUACGAAAGUGUGAAGAAUGUAUUGGUAGAUUACUUUGCUCGACUGAAACUAAAGAGGAUUAAUCAAAGGCCAUACACUUUGGAUCUCUGUUACACAUUGCCGAAAAAAUUUUCUGGGCUUCCCAAGUUCAUAUUCCACUUCCAAGGGGCUGAUCUUGAAGUAAUACCAGAAAAUGCGUUCUUAGUAAGUCAAGCAGGGAAGUUUUUCUGCCUGGCUAUGAAGCCAGAGCAGGGACUAACAACGAUAGGAGCAAUGCAGCAGCAGAACGUGCGGUUCAUAUACGACGGAAGCAGAAAUGCACUUUCCUUCGUUAGUGAGGAUUGCUCCAAAGAUGUAUCUUGA